AUGGACGUCAAAGAUGUCAAGUACGAGGAGACGGACUAUGUCGAAGACUUCCAGGACACCUCUGACCUUCAAUUCGAACCGGGAGAGGAACAGAGGCUAGUCCGAAAGAUUGACCUGUUCCUCAUGCCCACGAUAUGGCUCAUGUACCUCCUGUCCUACAUGGAUAGAACCAAUAUCGGCAACGCAAAGAUAGCCGGCAUGAAUGCGGACCUCCACCUCAGCAGCAGCCAAUACUCGAUGGCCCUCGUCAUCUUUUUCAUCAGUUAUGUCUUCUUCGAAGUACCGAGCAACCUUAUCCUCGCCAAAACCAGACCUUCGAUCUUCCUACCUACGAUCAUGGCCCUCUGGGGAAUAGUCACCUGCUGUAUGGCUGUCAUUCAGGAUUAUUCGCACCUCCUAGCGCUGAGGUUUGUCGUGGGUGUCCUUGAGAGCGGAUUCGCCCCUGGCAUCCUGCUCAUCAUAUCUUCUUGGUACAAGAGAAAAGAGCAGUCGAAACGUUUUGCAGUCUACAUUUCUGCCGCAGUUCUGUCAGGAGCAUUUGGUGGCCUCUUAGCUGGCAGUAUCACCAGCAAUCUCAACGGUGCACAUGGCUUAGAAGGCUGGAGAUGGCUUUUCAUUGUCGAAGGCGCCGCCACCGUCGGUUGGGCAAUCUGCGCGCACUUCCUCUUACUCGACUUCCCGUCACAAUCAAGUAAAAAAUUCACGGAACGCGAAUUGCUACUAGCAAGCAAGAGACUAGCUUUGGACAACGCAUCGACUACGAAUGCAGAGGGCGACAGACCCAAGAUCUCCAGCUUUAAAGCUCUCAUCAAGGCCGUGUCAGACUGGCGUACCUGGAUCAUGGUGUUUGGUUACAUGGUCAUUGUAGGUUCGUCAACGUUAAGCUACUUCUACCCAACUCUGGUACAAGGCUUGGGAUACAAGAGCACAAAGGCUCAGUACAUGGUCAUCCCCAUUUACGCUGUGUCAUUUGUCACAGUCGUUGCUUCUGGCAUAAUCAUGGACAGAUACCACCAAUACCGCGGACUUGCGAUCGCAGCAUGGCUUGGGCUAUCUACCAUCUGCUGUAUUGCAGUGUGCGUGGUCUACGACUUCACUGCACGUUACGUGCUCCUCAUCUUUAUGGCUAGUGGCCUAUGGGCUAGCAACGCGCUUGGUCUAUCGUUUGCUAGCAGCACGUUUGGAGACAUGGAACAAGAGACCAAGGGUGUUGCUCUUGCCCUGGUCAACGCUCUUGGUAACCUUGCCCAGAUCUAUGGCGCGUAUCUGUUCCCCAAGGACGAUGCCCCAAAGUAUCUACUGGGCUUUGGUGUUAUUGCAGGAAUGUGUGGGCUUGGUAUUAUGAUUUAUAUCAGUGCGCAUGUGCUACUUCGCAGGAAGUAG